CGCAUUGGAAGCGGACUCGGCCCAAAAAGGGAAGGGGUGUGAAGCAGGCCGGAGAAUGUGGGCUUCAGUCGACCGGAGCCCAUUUACAGAAGCUCUAUCCGUCAAACCGCGAACCGACGUUGAACAAAGCAGAGCACCUUCUUCACCUUCCUGGCUCCUGCUUUGUUCGGGUCUUCCUGCAGAGAGAAAGCGAGGCUCUUACUUCGCCGCCGGUAACUAGGGAUAAGGUUUCCUACCGAGCGGGAUCGAAAAGCGGUGUACGGAAAAUGGCGGGCAUGGGAGACGGGUACGUGGGCACGGCGCAAGACGCCGUGAGAAUCCGUCGGCUGGAGAAGCAGCGAGAAGCUGAGCGCAAGAAAAUCGAAGAGAUGAAGACGAAGUCUGACAAAGGCGGGCCUGGACUUCUCCAGUUCGGGUCAAGUACAUCGGAGAUUCUCGAGACUGCGUUUAAGAAAGAAACUGUGGGGUUGGUUACAAGGGAGCAGUAUGUCGAGAAGAGAGUUACUAUUCAGAAUAAGAUUGAAGAAGAAGAGAAGGAGAAGCUUCAGAAGCUGCGGCAAGAGGAGGAGGAAGCACAGCUAGCGAAGCGCAAAAAGAGGAAGAUUAAAGGGAAUUCAAAGCUUUCAUUUUCUGAUGAUUUUGAGGACGGAGGGGAAGAUGAAGAUGGCGGAAUCGAAGAACCUGUUCCAAAUAAGUUGGCUCGUGGGAAAUUUGGCAAAGAUCCCACUGUAGAAACAAGCUUUUUGCCUGACAGUGAGAGGGAGGCUGAGGAGCAAGCUGAACGUGAAGUGUUGCGGAAACAAUGGGUUCGCGAGCAGGAGCAGAUUAAAAAUGAGGCCCUUCAAAUUACUUACAGUUACUGGGAUGGAACUGGCCAUCGCAGGGCAAUCCAGUGUCGAAAGGGUGACAGCAUCGGGGAGUUUCUGCGGUCCGUUCAACAGCAACUAGCACCCGAGUUUAGAGAAAUCAGAACAACUUCUGUUGAGAACUUGCUCUAUGUGAAAGAGGAUCUUAUCAUUCCUCAUCAACACAGCUUCUAUGAGCUCAUAGUCAACAAAGCUAGAGGAAAAAGUGGACCGCUUUUCCACUUUGAUGUGCACGAGGAUGUGCGUACAAUUGCUGAUGCAACCAUAGAGAAGGAUGAGUCCCAUGCUGGCAAAGUUGUCGAGAGGCAUUGGUAUGAGAAGAACAAGCAUAUAUUCCCUGCAUCAAGAUGGGAGAUAUAUGAUCCUGCAAGGAAGUGGGAGCGUUACACCAUCCAUGGCGACUGAAACUCAUGCCGACUUGCCUGGUAUCAGUAGGAUGCGAGGUUGCAAACUAUUUUCCGUGGGAAGAAAACUUAUAUUUACUAUUUGGGCUGCACCUUAGUUGCAAACAGAACUAUGUUUUCCAUAUUACCGAGUAACUUAUUUCUUAGCAGCAAUCUUACACUUGUGUCCUGUGAGAUUGGAAUGUGAACUAAAAAGUGUAAUUUUCCUAGUUGGUGUUGGGACUGUGAAUUUCUUUUGCAUGCUCUUAGAAAUUAGAAUCCCUUUUGGCAGAUUACUACGGUUUUAAUUGUGGUUGCCAACUAUUUUGUGUAGUUGUGCUAUUUCCUAUUUGCAAGCACGGAGCAACUAGGUAUUUAUCGAUGAUGCUUUGAUGGAAGAUGGCACGCCGUUAGGUAGUGGUGUGUGCCCUAGGACGUAUGGUUCUU